AUGUGCGGGAUUGCGGUGCCUUGCCACAGGCGGCGGUUUCUGUUUUUCCUCUUAAGGAGGGCAAGAAUGUCUGCGGAAAAGGUUUUAUCUGGGGCAGACGUGGAGUGGGAGCCAGAGAAUCUUCUUUUGGCUAGUAAAGCAAAAGGAGCGGCGGUCAAGUUAGCCGAUUUCGGUCUAGCCAUAGAGGUCCAGGGUGACCAACAAGCUUGGUUCGGUUUUGCUGGUACUCCAGGAUAUUUGUCCCCAGAAGUUCUGAAAAAGGAGCCUUACGGCAAACCUGUGGACAUUUGGGCUUGCGGCGUCAUCUUGUAUAUUCUCCUUGUGGGUUAUCCGCCAUUCUGGGACGAAGAUCAACAUAGGUUAUAUGCACAGAUCAAAGCUGGGGCUUAUGAUGGCGAUAAACUUGGAAAUGAGACCUUCGUGCGAGACUCCUUCUAA